AUGGCUGGUCUUUCGGUGGGCGAGGUUUCCGGUGCGAUUGCCGCUGGAGUGUUCGUGUCGACCUCGACGGGGGUGAAGCGCAAUGUGAGGCUGACUGGCUGGAUACAACCUGCCACCUUGUUUGUGAUUUCAGUAGCGGCUAUCGUCACGCCGCUCGGAUUAUACACCUCGAUCGAAGCGGCCGAUUCGCCCACGACGGUCGUUUUCCACUACACCAAGGACCCUUCGACCUUUGGUGACGGUACUCCGCCACGAAGCAGCUGGCCGUUUACGGAGGUCUGCGGCAAUGGUAUCCCAUGCCCCGGCACGACUCUCAAUCAGAGUUGCAUCACCGAGGGGCUGCUGCAGAAUUGCACCGUGAGCUACGACCCGAGGAUUCCUGCGGCAUUGGGGGCUCUGUUCAGCGAUGGUUCCUCCAGCUUUAGCCCUUCCGUCUCGAGUAUCUUCGAUAUCCAAUGGCGCGCGUAUGUCCGAUUGCAGGACGCCUACAGCACUCUCGAGUACUAUAUAAGCGGCGGGUAUCGGCAACUAGCGACACUGAUCCUGAAUGAGGGAGCCCAGGUCAUCGAAGGACUGAUCGUCGACAUGGAAUCGGGAGGCAUUGGGUUUCGAAAUCACACCGUUCCCAAGUCUGUUCCAGCACUUGGUGCAACUUGGGCGGAGGACAUCUUGUUCGUGCAACCUGAAACACAGUGUGUGAACCUGAACAUCACCAUGGACUUUCAGUAUGAUAGUACUGCAUCCAACGGGACGGCAGUGUUGACUGAUCAUGGUGGAUUCUCUGCCUUAAGUCGGCAAGGGCCGAGCAUGAACCUCCCAAGCAACGAGCAAGGGAAAAUCAAUUUGAAAGAACGGGCAUACAAUGCCGCGUGGUUGAACAACUUCCUGACAUUGGUAUACUUUAACGCGACUGGCGACGAUCCAUCGAACAUCACCCGAUUGGAUGUGACGCCUGGUCAAACGUUUCCCGUCGAGGAGUCGAGUUUCUCAGUUUAUGCGACAGCCGUCCAGUCAUCCCUCUACUUUGGCGGUUAUCUGAAUCUCAAUAAAACAAAUCCAUACAACAUCAGUUCGACCAACUUUGCGAUCAUCAAUAAUCUCUGUGGUGGAACAUCGUCCGGCAGCACUCCCAACAUCGACAGCAGCAUUGUCGGAUGUGCGGUUCUGUACGGUGCCGCGAAACGCACAGACGGUGGCUCUAAUCUCAUUGUCGACCCUUUGUCCAAGUGGACCGCUCCAAUAUAUAGCUGUGCCAGUGCCGUUCGAGCCAGAGUUCAGACCGUCUCUUUCCAAUACAAUGGAACGGGCCUCGGAUCGCUCAAAGCGACAUCUAUAAUCCCCAAGGCCUACACUAGUUCUUCCAGUUUUCCGCGCUGGGCGGUUCAAAAUUUGAACUGGCUGCAAUUCAGUGACGCCAUGCCCAUGUGGGGAAUCCUCGGGUCGGCGAACUCGAGUCAAAGUCCCCUCGGAACCGCAUGGAACAUGUCAACCAUCGCUGCCGAGAGUCUCUACCUACCGGGCUUCAUGGACUGGGAUUUCAUGUCCGGUACUGCACCAGUCCCGGUGCUGCCAGGCUCGCAAUAUUUGCCCGCACUGAAUUUCUACUCUCAAGCUCUCUACACCGCGAUGAACAUCGGCCCGCCCGUGAGAAAGUAUUCAGGAUACCAGGGGUACGCCGAUUACUCGGGCUGGAGCAGCCUCGGUGUCUACGCCAAGUGGCAAAAUCUUAGCAGCUCGGCCGACACGGUUUCCCAGAUUCUAAAUCUGGUGUGGACUGACGUUGCCGCAAAUGCAGUCGUUGGCACGCGAGGCUGGGGACUUACUUCGGCUGCAUCAACCGACUCCGCGGCGUUCGUUCCUAGCGCCAACGUCUCCUCUACGGACCUGAAUCCCGCCCCGUUGACUCAGGUUCCUGUGGUGCUUUACCAUCAAAGGAUCCAAUAUCGACUCCCGUUUGCGGUGCCUGCUAUUGUCGCACUUGCCAUCACGCUUAUAGCCCUCGUCACGCUUCUGGUGCUCGCCAUCCAAGGCAAGACCGGCGCGAAUCGAAUGCGCAAUUUCCUCGAUGCAACCUCCAUGGGUCGGAGUACCGCCCAACUGUUAUGGCCCCCUGUCCUGGCUCAGGGCACGAGGAUCUUUGUCAAAGAGUAUGGAAAGCGGCAGGUCACGAUCACAGGAACCGCAAUUAUCGCCGAGGAACUGCAUGCCGCCAACGAAUCGGAGAAGCCGGAUGACAAAAACCAGGAGUCGGAUAACUCGAACCAACUUGAGGAUGAUGUCAAGCCGAACUUGCUGAAUAAACGGCCUCAUAUCACUACAGACGGGCUUGUCACUCAAGGGGAGUAG